AUGUCAGCUUUCUUUCAAGUAAUGACAUCAAUGGGUGUUUUGAUGAUAACAUUAUCAGUUGUUGGUGUUAGUUGGUUAGAUAAAUUGAACGCAGACACCAACAGAUGUGUUUCAGCUUACUAUGAUCGACAUCAUGCCAUAUCUUUCUUUGGAGAUCAUUCAGAUUGGAAAUAUGAUAAACAUGAGGAUAGUUAUUAUGAAGAUUAUGAUGAUGAGUAUGUAAAAUCAAGUCACUGUGUCCGAGUUAGAGAUAGAGAAUUAACAGAUACUGACUCUAAUGGUUAUUUGAAAGAUGAUCAAAAAAAUGACAUCAACAAAAACAACAAUCAACCUCAAAAAUCAACAACUUCCAUUAAAUUUAAAGGCUCCAAAAACAAACGCAAAAAAGAAAAGAAGAAAAAACGAAGAAAAAAGAAAAAGAAAAAUGUAAUGUACAUGUAUCUAUAUACUGAAACUUUUCAAAGACCGAACCUACCAUGUUUUCCAAUUUCCACAAAGAUUCUGUGUGCUAUGAACUUUGCAUGUUAA